AAGAAAUGAAAGAUUUUCACUCUCUUCUCUACAUUUUCCUCUUCAUAUUCCCAAAGUUGUUGGUUUGAGAGAGAGGGAGGGAGGGAGAGAGUUGUAAUUUUGGAGGAUAUUAUUGAAAUAUAUUGUUGAAGUUUGGAUGGAAGUUCCUGAGCUGUCCUUGGCUCCAACAAAGUUUGUGAAAAUAAGUGAUGAUGAUGAUGAGAUGAUGAUGAUGAGUUCUUCUCCACAAAAAUUAGUUGAAAGCAAAUCAUGUUCUAAGAAGAGGAAGCUUCUUGUUCUUCAUGAUCAUAAAGCAAGUGUUGAUCUUCAACUCAAGGAUCCUCUUCCUCUUGAUUGGGAGCAAUGUCUUGAUCUUCAGUCAGGGAAAAUGUACUAUCUAAACAGAAAAACAUUGAGGAAGAGUUGGAAUUGGCCAAAAGAAGAUUAUGAUCAUCACCAAAAGUUAGAGUUGGAGUUGGAGCUCAACAACAUUAAUUCUUCUUCAUCAUCAUCAUUACCAGCUGAAAAUUUGAUGAUAAAUUUCAGACAUGGACAAGAACAUGGACAUGGAGGUUUGAACAGUAGUAGUAACAUGGUGGCUUUGCCUUGUCUCAAUUGCCAUCUUCUUGUCAUUCUCUCAAAAUCCUCCCCAUCUUGCCCUAAUUGCAAGCAUUUUCAUACCCUAUUCCCAACCCAUUCUUCUUCCAAAACUACCCCUCCCAACACCUUGCCCCUCUUGAACUAGUAGUCCUACUCGAAAUAUAAUCGAUCCCCACAUGACAUGAAUAUGCGACACGGUGCAACACGUCUCGAGUCUUGAAAACGAUCAUUAUUUGAGUUGGGUUGGGUCUGGUCUGAUCGAGUUUUGUGUCAUGUAUCUUAAUAUGACUGUAAAAAAAAAAUGUUUGUAGAAUGUUUUAAGUUACUUCUAGAACCUUAUAAGAAUUAGAAUGUUAUUUUAA